CACUGGUGGAUUUCCUACAGGGGUUGCUUAUGGCUUGCUGCUUUUGAAUUCAAAAUUUAAAUAGUAGAAGCAAGAUGAAUUGAGUAGAAGAAGCAAGGCACAUUAAUAUGCUUUGAGUAGAAGUAGGUAUGUAUAUUAAAAAAAAACGCUUCGUACGACAGAGAUAUCUAUAUGAACGCAACAAAACUUCGGUAUUCUUUUCUAAAGUACGAAAGAUGCAGAAAACACUUGUUGACUAACUAGAAAGAGAUAAACAGAAAAUAAAUAAUUUUUUGCUCCUCUACACACAAUCAUUCUAUCCCCCUUUGGUCACUUGAUUUGCCAAGGUGAAAAUAAAUAAUUUUCUGCUCCUCUACACACAAUCAUUCUAUCCCUUUUUUGUCAUGUACUAUGCCAAGUUAGGCUAUCUAUUUCGCUGAUGUGAAAUGCUAAUACAUUUACUUUGCAAUUUUUGCUGAUCAACUACCAACUCAAUCGCAGUGGUUCGGUAAACGAAAUAACAAAAGUAUUGAUUUUUUGUUUUUUUCAUACAAGUGAACGCUAUGUCAGGGCCUUUUAAAAGAAAACUAAGAAUCCCAACGAGUUCCAAGGCAAUUAAAAUAACGCUGGAAAGGGACGCGCCACCAUUUGAAAUAGCUAGGGGCACUGCAGCGGCUACCGUGGUGCAUACACCAACAAACUUGGAAACCAUGGUACCAGCUGCCAAUAUAAAACAGACAAAAUACAACGUCGCUGGCUACACGGUUGGCGCACACGCGACUGCGGUUACUACUACACCAUCAACAUCAGCAGCAGCGACAACGUCCGCUGGUCCAGUACGGCUGCCGCGGUCGAAAAUCAAACGAGUUGCGCUUUAUAGUGGUAGUGCUACAAAAAACGAUGAGGGGACAGCGCCAAGCCCGACAGUGCCCCCUCCUAAUAUAGCAAAGGUAGUGGCAGCGUCAGCUGCAGAGGUGACGACGAAAGCAGCGACAGAUGACAACGAUAGCGAUAACGAUGAAUUGCAUAUGCAGAAGAGCGACUCGGACGAAGAUGGGUAUUCGAAUAUCGAUUUUUUCGAUGACAAUUACCAACUUAUUGAAUCCGAUGAAUCCGUAGAUGAAUUCGAUCCAGUUUGGGGCCAUGCCUUAAUGCAGCCCAGCAAAGUUUUUAAUUUUAAUGGAAAAUGUCAAGAAAGCCUUACAGACGACUCCAUAUUUGAAAAUCCAAUUCCUUAUUUUGAUAUGGUGCUUGGGCCGAGGAGAGAGUUCUUCACAAAGUUGGCGAAUAGUUGUAGCACUCGUGCUGCAAAAACAAUCGCAAACAAUUCGGGUUUUCAUAGCUUCACAGCGAAAAAAUUGCAAAUGUUCAUUGGAAUUUGCUUGCAAAUGA